AUGUCUCUAACCCAGCAGAUUGAGACGCCCAGCGUCACCUACGAGCAACCGCUCGGCUUGUACAUCGAUGGCAAGUGGGUGAAGGGUGUUGAGGGCAAGACCUUCGAGACCAUCAAUCCCACCAACGAGAAGCCCAUCGUCGCAGUCCACGAGGCUGGUCCAGAGGAUGUCGACAUCGCCGUCAAGGCCGCCCGAAAAGCCUUUGAAGGCGUUUGGGCCCAGACCCUCCCCUCUGUCCGAGGCGCAAUGCUGACGAAGCUUGCCGACCUCUUUGACGAACACACCGAUAUCCUCGCUGCCAUCGAGUCGCUCGACAACGGUAAGGCGCUCUCGAUGGCCAAGGUCGAUGUCCAGCUCGCCUCGGGCUGCUUGAGGUAUUAUGGUGGAUGGGCAGACAAGAUCCACGGCAAGACCAUCGACACCGACCCCGAGACCUUCAACUACACACGGCAUGAGCCCGUCGGUGUCUGCGGUCAGAUCAUUCCCUGGAACUUCCCUCUUCUCAUGUGGUCCUGGAAGAUCGGACCUGCUUUGGCCACCGGUAACACCGUCGUCUUGAAGUCGGCCGAGCAGACCCCUCUGUCAGCCCUAUAUGCCGCCACUCUGUGCGAGAAGGCUGGCUUUCCCCCUGGUGUUGUCAACAUCCUCUCCGGUUUUGGAAAGACCGCCGGGGCGGCGAUUGCUUCUCACAUGGACAUCGACAAAGUUGCUUUCACUGGCUCGACCGUCGUCGGCCGAACCAUUCUUCAAUCCGCGGCCAAGUCGAACCUGAAGAAGGUCACGCUCGAGCUCGGUGGCAAGUCGCCCAACAUUGUCUUCAAUGAUGCCAACCUGGAGGACGCCAUCUCUUGGGUCAACUUUGGUAUUUUCUUCAACCACGGCCAGUGCUGCUGCGCUGGCUCGAGAAUCUAUGUCCAAAGUGGAAUCUACGACAAGUUCGUUGCGGCAUUCCGGGAACGCACAGCAAAGAACGUGGUCGGUGACCCGUUCAAGCAGGACACCUUCCAGGGUCCUCAAGUCAGCAAGCUCCAAUUUGACAGAAUCAUGAGCUACAUCCAGUCCGGCAAGGAAGCUGGUGCCACGGUCGAGACCGGCGGUGAGCGUCACGGCGACGAGGGUUACUUCAUCAAGCCCACCAUCUUCACCAACGUCAGCCCCGAUAUGAAGAUCAUGCAAGAAGAAAUCUUCGGUCCCGUCUGCGCCAUCAGCAAGUUUGAGACCGAGGAUGAAGUCAUCAAGGCCGGCAACGAGAGCACUUACGGUCUUGCCGCUGCCGUCCACACCACCAACCUCAACACUGCCAUCCGCGUUGCCAAUCACCUGAAGGCCGGUACUGUCUGGGUCAACAACUACAACAUGCUCAGCUACCAAGUGCCUUUCGGCGGCUUCAAGGAGUCUGGUAUUGGCCGUGAGCUCGGCAAGUAUGCCCUCAGCAAUUACACCCAGGUCAAGUCGGUCCGUAUCCGACUUGGAAGCGCCCUCUUUGGAUAG